UCUUCGUGUUUCACUCACGUAACCACAAUUUUAUUUAUUUUUUACGAUAAGAUUUAUGAUAGUGCAAUAAAAGAAACAUAUUUUUGGUUAAUUUUUAAACUUCCUUUAUAUUUUUCAGUACAAUUUAUGUAAGAUAUGGGUGAAAAACGUGAGUAUACCUUUUUAAAGACAAAAAAUGAGACUUUUUAGCAAGAAAUAAGGACGGUAUGAUGGCAGAAGCUCCAUUUUCGGAUGAAGACAGCGGCCCCUCAAUCAAAUUCUUCAGCUCUUUAAAUUACUCUAACGGUGAUGAGAAUAAGCAAAAAUCCGAUUUUCAGUCAAUAUUAGAAGAUAAUUUAGUGCCUUCAGAGGAUAGCCCUAAAACUAAUGGAAAUUCUAUUUAUUCUGAACAAAUUGAGCAACAAAUAGUGGAGUCACUCGACCAACUUUCAACAAAAUCAGACCAGAAUUCACACAGUGGCGAGGAUGAUAGUGAAUCUGAUGAACAAUUUCGGAAGAAAGCUCGCGUUGGCAACCAUUACCAAGCUAGGAUUCCAAAGUAUUUAAGCGAUUUCAGUGAGUAUACAAAAGAGGAUGAGCUUCUGUGGGAUCCAUUUAUCAUAGACUCAGAAAGUGUGGAAAACUUCCUGAGGAGGAUAUCUUCAAUCACAAAACUUCUAAUCCCAAUGGGGAACCAUUUAAGGGACGAUGAGGAAGCUUUGUACAUUUUGCAAAAACACAGACAUAACGUUGAGAGUGCCUUCCAGGACCUCAGCGCCAGUCAGACGAAAAAUCCAGAAAAGUUGAGCGUUUGGAGCGAGGAGGAGUGUAGGAACUUCGAGAAGGGGCUCUUAAGUUUUGGGAAGAAUUUUUUUCUUAUUCAGAAAUACAGAGUUACCACUCGUCAUGUCGGUGAAUUAGUGCAAUUCUAUUAUUUGUGGAAGAAGACAGAACGAUAUGAUUUGUUCGCAAAUAGGAUGAGAAGUGGCAAGAAGAAAUAUUCUUUAAAUCCGGGAAUUUCUGAUCUCAUGUGUCGCUAUAUGGGAAGGCAAACAGGGGGAAUGGAGACUGUGGGGGCCGAUGUGCAAUUUAUUGUGACGGACUCGAGGAAAGAUGUCGCCCAAGAGAACUCUCAGUAUUAAUUUUUCACGUUUUUGUGAAUACAGACGUAUAUAAGAAAUAAAUAUUGACUAUGUUAA